UGAAUCAUAGUUUAAAGAAUGUUUACUACUGAUGAUAAUGAAUGAUUUAAAAAGUGAAUGUCAUAGUUAUAUUAAACCGUGUUGAUUAUUAACUUUCUGUAACCUUUCACAGGGCUUUGGUAAUGUGGGUCUCCACUCCAUGAGGUACCUGCACAGGUUCGGGGCAAAGUGUGUGGGCAUCGGUGAGAUCGAUGGCGCCAUCUACAACGCUGAGGGCAUCGACCCCAAACAGCUGGAGGACUACAAACUGCAACACCGCACCAUUGUGGGCUUCCCAGGCGCCAAAGCCUACGAAGGGAACAUUCUGGAAGCCGACUGUCACAUCCUGAUCCCUGCUGCCGGAGAAAAGCAGCUCACACGUGUCAACGCCCCCAGGAUCAAGGCCAAGAUCAUUGCUGAAGGUGCCAAUGGACCCACCACUCCAGAUGCUGACAAGAUCUUCCUGGAGAACAACGUCAUGGUUAUUCCUGACAUGUACCUGAAUGCUGGCGGUGUGACCGUGUCUUAUUUCGAGUGGCUGAAGAAUCUCAACCAUGUCAGCUACGGGAGACUGACCUUCAAAUACGAGAGAGACUCAAACUACCACCUGCUCAUGUCUGUGCAGGAGAGUUUAGAGAGGAAGUUUGGUAAGCAGGGUGGGCCCAUACCUGUCGUACCUACCGCUGACUUCCAGGCCAGAGUUGCUGGUGCCUCUGAGAAGGAUAUUGUUCACUCUGGUUUGGCCUACACCAUGGAGAGAUCUGCCCGGCAAAUCAUGCGCACAGCAACCAAGUAUAACCUGGGUUUGGACCUUCGGACGGCCGCUUACGUCAACGCCAUUGAGAAGGUCUUCAAAGUCUACAACGAGGCGGGGCUUACCUUCACAUAGAUGGCCAAUCACGACCCACAAUUCCUCUCCCCCACCCUCCUGCUAUUGAUCAUCCUCUCCUGCCUCUUCCACCCUCUAAAAAGCCUUCAGAACACAUCACUGUUUACCGCUGCCCUUUGGCUCUUCUACACACACACACACACACACACCACACACACACAGCCAUACAUUGACUAGCCUGGUAUUCAUCCUGUGAUAUUUGCGCUGCCAUUAUACUGUAUCUGCAUCUCUGUUUAAAUGUUGCCCUAUUUUGCCUGAGGUUAUAUCGAGAAAAAGCAGCGAGAGAGAGUAACAUGCCCUCUUAUAGACGUUCAUGACACUGUUGUAUGGCAGCCAUGUUCAGAGCGACCAUUUUGAGAUUGCUGAACACGCGUUCAACCCUCCUGCUGCGGUUAGACAGCGCUACCGAUGCCUUAUUUCAGAAAAAGCUCUGCUCUAAAGGGAGGUGGCCAAUUACGUUUAACUCUAUUUAAAAGGGAUUUAGAUUUAUCUUCAUGUGAAUAAAAGAGAAUAGUGAUUCUAUUAAUCUUCAGCAGCAGUGGUUGGUAGUGAAGUUGGUGAAAGAUUCUCAAGGACUUUUUUCUAGAUAGAUUCUCAUCCUCUCUUUUUCUUUUCUUGCUUUCUCUUCCCUCACAUAUUAAAAGCUGCUUCUCCCCGACUCCUCCGCUGGCCAAGAGAGGGGAGCAGGUGUCACUGUGACCGCCCGUCCCGUGGUAGAAUUUUCCUCAGUUUUAAUCGUCCAGUUCUUUGACAUUGAAAUUAUUUUGGGGAAAAUGACUUUUAUUUUUAUUUUAUUCAUUUUUGGAAACCAAUAAAAUGUUGAGAAAAAGAUA